AACUACCUGCUUGAAAAUCACAGCUGAGCUUUUCCAAACUAUGUCCACUUCCAUCUCCACUGAAGUUCAAUGUUUGCUUGGAGAUUUCCACUCUAGAAGGUUGUUGAUGCUGCAUGCCCCACCUUCUCCGACACCGACUAUGGCAGCUCCUACGAACCCGGAAACCAACCAUCCUUACACCGGAAACAACAGCUUUGAUGCAAACGUUAUUAUGGUUAUGUCAGUCCUCUUGUGUGCUAUAAUGUUCACUUUAGUACUCAAUUCUAUCAUUAGGUGUGUAUUAAGGUGUUCAAGUUUACUAGCCUCAGGAUCCGGAGCCAGCACCUCAGCUCAACCACCAAAUAGAGGGAUCAACCGAAAAGCCUUAAAGACCUUUCCAACAGUAAAUUAUUCGGCCGACUUGAACAUGCCUGGCUUGGACUCCGAGUGUGUCAUAUGUCUAUCGGAUUUCAAACCUGGUGACCGCGUUCGGCUUUUAUCGAUGUGCAACCACGGAUUCCAUGUCCAGUGCAUCAACAAGUGGCUGAGCUGCCGCUCCUCUUGCCCGAAAUGCAGGCACUGCCUCGUCGAAACAUGCCAAAAGAUUGUUGUUUUUAGCAGCCAAGCUAGCUCAUCGCAACCUACUCCUGUGCAGGAAACCGCUGUGACCAUAGGCACCGGUCGAGCCUGAAGCUUUGGUGCAUAGCCAUAGGUGAAUUAGUUGCCAAAAUACCAUACAACAGGUAGUGUAAAGUUAAGCAGUAAAUUUGUGCACAGUUUGAAAUCUGUUACUGCUAGGCUCUAUUUUUUUGAUAUUUUUUAUGUAGCUGGGGAUAAGGAAAAGUAUUGCAAAUAAAA